GAGGACCCGCCCCGGACCCGCGAAGCUCCGGCGCUGCUGGCUUCCUUAAGCCAGAAUUAACAUUGAUAGAAUGAAAAAGUUUAAGAGAAGACUUUCCUUAACCUUGCGUGGAAGCCAGACCAUCGAUGAAUCACUGUCUGAGCUGGCAGAACAAAUGACAAUUGAGGAAAACAGCAGUAAAGAUAAUGGUGUGAGUAAUAAUGGGAGGAUCAGCUACAGUAAAGUGCAGCCUAUUGUGAAGAAUGGCAGGCCUCCAACGUCUCACAGCAUGCACUCAUUCCUCCACCAAUACACAGGAUCUUUCAAGAAGCCCCCUUUGAGGAGACCACACAGCGUCAUAGGGGGCAGCCUCGGCUCCUUCAUGGCCAUGCCCAGAAAUGGGAGCAGAUUAGAUAUUGUUCAUGAAAAUCUGAAAAUGGGGUCAGAUGGUGAAAGUGACCAAGCUUCUGGAACAUCAUCUGAUGAAGUUCAGUCUCCCACAGGUGUUUGUCUCAGAAACCGGAUACACAGACGAAUCUCAAUGGAGGAUUUGAACAAGCGCCUGUCCCUGCCUGCUGACAUCAGGAUACCUGAUGGCUACCUGGAAAAGCUGCAGAUCAACAGCCCCCCCUUUGACCAGCCCAUGAGUCGACGUUCUCGGAGAGCAUCACUAUCAGAAAUUGGAUUUGGAAAAAUGGAAACCUAUAUCAAAUUAGAAAAGCUUGGAGAGGGUACUUAUGCAACAGUUUAUAAGGGGAGAAGUAAAUUGACAGAGAACCUGGUGGCCCUGAAAGAAAUCCGUCUGGAGCAUGAAGAGGGAGCACCAUGCACAGCCAUAAGAGAAGUGUCAUUAUUAAAAGAUCUGAAGCAUGCAAAUAUUGUUACAUUACAUGAUAUUGUGCACACAGACAAGUCUUUGACUCUCGUUUUCGAGUAUCUGGACAAAGAUCUGAAGCAGUACAUGGAUGACUGUGGGAACAUCAUGAGUAUGCACAACGUAAAGCUAUUUUUAUACCAGAUUCUCCGUGGUUUGGCAUACUGUCACAGAAGGAAAGUAUUACAUCGAGAUCUGAAGCCACAAAAUCUACUAAUUAAUGAGAAAGGAGAACUGAAGCUAGCAGAUUUUGGAUUGGCUAGAGCAAAGUCUGUUCCUACAAAGACAUAUUCCAAUGAAGUUGUCACGUUAUGGUACAGACCACCUGAUGUUCUCCUUGGAUCUUCAGAGUAUUCAACUCAAAUUGACAUGUGGGGUGUUGGAUGCAUAUUUUUUGAAAUGGCAUCAGGAAGGCCUCUUUUCCCUGGUUCAACUGUUGAAGAUGAACUGCACUUAAUUUUCAGACUUCUGGGAACUCCAUGUCAAGAAACAUGGCCAGGCAUUUCUUCCAGUGAUGAAUUUAGAAACUACAACUUCCCUAAGUAUAAACCACAACCCCUCAUCAACCAUGCCCCGAGGCUAGACGUGGAAGGGAUUGAAUUGAUAGCGAAGUUCCUUCAAUAUGAGUCGAAGAAGAGGAUUUCAGCAGAAGAGGCCAUGAAGCAUGCGUACUUCAGAAGUCUUGGGACAAGAAUACACACUCUGCCUGAAAGUGUUUCAAUAUUCAGUCUAAAAGAGAUUCAAUUGCAAAAAGACCCUGGCUUUCGAAAUUCCACUUACCCAGAGACAGGACAUGGGAAGAACCGAAGGCAGAGCAUGCUUUUCUGAAGUGGGCAGUGCAGAGUCAAGCCCAAGCCUGUGAUCAAGGACCUGGACCUGAAGGCAGUGCUCUCUGUUGGUGGACUUGGAAUCGCAGUUUGUCUACACUGUCCUCUUCACAGUGGAGUCUUUUUAUUUCCAACCUGCAGAUUAUGUUUUUAUAUUUGUUGUCACAGUGUGACAAUUUUUUGUACAGUUGGUUUUAAGAUCUCCUCUGCCACUAGAGCCAGUAGGUUACAGCUGUUGAUGUAACUGUAGCUGCAAUUUUUGUGCAGGACUGAGAAACACAGUGCAUUAUUUAUUGCGGAAUCAUUGCUGCUAAAUAACUACUGUCUGUAUAGUUAACACAACAGUUCCAUGCCUGAAGAAGUUGCAAUGGCUUUAUAAUAUGUGAAUGCAGCUGUUUCUCUUCAUCCAGUGUUCUACUGCUGCAGGGUUAUUUUGUAUUUCUUAAACUGCAGUGUUUCCUGGAAUGUAAACAUAGCUUUGCUUGGCAUUAGGUGAACCAUCUUUAAUGCUCUAAGUUCACGGCACUUAGUUCCUUAUUUAACAUGGGAGGGAUGGUGCUGAAGCAGUUGAAAAUUGACAAUGCCUAUUAUGUUCUUGAAAAGCACACAGGGGCAUGGAAGUUGAUUCAGUCAAGUGAACAGUAAACGAUUCAUUUGCUCUCAUUUGCUCUCAGAUCCAAGGUUAGUUAGUGAGAAAUUAGAGCAUGGAGGCUGGAUGGUCGAUUUUUUUUUUUUUUGUCAGGCUUAAGAUGUGUGCACGUUGUUGUGCAUGUGGGGCCUGCAGGAGCAAUGGCUUUUUGGGUUUUUUUACCUUGUGUUUAACUUAGAGAUACACAAAGAAAUACAGAGAUGAUAAUAACAUGUUGGGCCCUCGCUUCCUUUUGAAAUUUACAAGUUCCUUACAGAGGAAUGGGACAGUUCAUGACAAGAGCCUGGGAACAGUGUCCCACUUGUCCCACUGUGUUGCUCUCCCAUUCCUGCGUUAUUCACUUGAAAUCAACUGGAAAGAUGCAAGUUUGUACUUGAGAACAACUCACUCUCCUCCAGAGCUUUUACAAUGGGAACUUAGAGAGUUUUUUUUCAGAUCUUAGAUGUUAUCUGUUUACCAGAGAAUAGUAAACAUGUUACUACUAUGCUUCUGCAUCUCAGUGAGUAUCUUGAGUACACCCUUGGUGAUGGUUACAGUAUUUUUAAGCAUUUGUGUUCACCUUUAUGAACCUAUUUGUUUAGUGCAUCUUAAAAGAGAACUGUAAAUCUUUAUUGGUAUAUUUUGAAAUGGUCAUGUAAAUCUUUGGCUGGUAUAUCAUGAAAAUAG